AUGGCCGAAAUCCUCGGGGCAGUAGCUAGCGGCUUGGGCGUAGCUGAGGUUGGCCUGAAGGUCGGGGGCACAGUUUGGAAGCUGAAGAAGCUGUGGCACGAAGUGCACGAGGUUCCAGCGACCAUUCAAGACCUCAUGAGGCAGAUCGAGAUGAUGGAUCCCAUCCUGUCCGAUCACGAAACCAACCUCGGCAUCCAAAGCACCGCCCUCCCUAUACCACUACCGACUCACAUUGGCGCACCCACGCCGCAAACCGCCGCAUAUUGCCGAGACGCUCUAAACGCUUUACGACGUCUGAUGGAGGACUUGGAUGGUGCCGUCGAGUCAGAGAAGAGGAGCAGGCGGACAGUCGCUAGGAUGAAGGUCGUGCUAAAAAAGGAUACAAUCAAGGGAUUUCAGGACAGGCUGGAGAAAGCAAUGAGACUUUUGCAGUGGUCUCAACUGAACUACCUUGCAACCAACGCCGCAAUCACGGGAGCCAUGGUCACAGACAUGUGGACCGCUGUAACAGGCAUGCAGGCCCAGCAACAACUCAUGUUGCAACAGUUGGGCAGCAGCAAUCCUUCCAGCUCGAUGGGAAGACCACCGUUUCCAGUCGUCACUCAAAACGUUGAGACGUCUCGGCAGCAGACCCUGGAUAAACGAAGGAGAGCCCAGCGUCAAGGGAACAGCGUUUCUCUCCCUUGGUCCGGGCCUUCUAAACUCGGUGCCAUCAUAUUUAAAAAGUCCGGUUCAGACGCUACCGGUGAAGCAAGCGAUGCGUUGUAUCUAGGGUUCGGAUAUAAUGAGGUUUGCGAAGUCAAGGCUGUUCAUUACGGCGCAGAGCCAAGGGACUGGUAUUUCGAAGUGGAUUGCCACUACGAGGAAUAUGCUGCGGCCUUCUGGGAUCUGAUUGAUAAUCCACAUUUGUUCGAAAUUCCGGGUGCGUGGGUAGACGAGGAAUGGGACUCGGACUGA